GACUCAGUCUAUCUCUUCUCCCCUCUCUCUCUCUCUCUCUCAAUAUUAAAUAAACUGUCUUGUUCACUGAAAAAAAAAAAAUUCCCAUUCUUUUAUAUCUGAUGAUUAGGCUCGCACACAAAAAGAGAGUCUCAGACUUUAGUGGAUAGAGAGAGGGGGAAUUCUAGUCAAGAAAAGAGAUUUUAGCCCAUUAAUUUGGUUGUUGAAGAACAAGAAAGAUUUUGAUUAAGGGAAAAGGAAAAAAGGGUAACCCUUUUGAAGAAUCUAGAUAAUCAAGAUCAAAGUUGUUUCCUUUUUCCUGUAUCCAUCUUUGAGUUCUUGAAAUUAAGCUGGAUACUCCUGCAAGGUUAUAUCUUUUGCAUCUUGAUAGAAUCCAGCUGGUUUUUUUUAGAUGGGGAAUUGCUGGGGUUUUUCUGCUCAUAGUCCUACUACACCAUCAACCACUGGUCAACUAAGCUCAGCUGGGAUAUCUCAUACAACUAGCAAUACCACUUCUUUUGGGGUCAGCAAUGCAACAUCAUCUAGGGGCAGCAACAUCUCUGCUCACAGCCGGUUUUCAGCUGGGAGUGGUGACGAGGAGUUUCCAAAUGGGCAGAUUUUGCCUACCCCCAACUUGCGGGUAUUCUCCUUUGCAGAACUAAAGGUUGCCACCAGGAAUUUUAAAUCUGAUACAUUGCUUGGCGAGGGAGGUUUUGGUCAAGUCUACAAAGGAUGGCUUGAUGAGAAGGCGCCAGGGAGAAAUGGAAGUGGAACUGUAAUUGCUGUUAAAAGAUUGAAUUCUGAGAGCUUGCAAGGAUUUGAAGAAUGGCAGGCAGAGGUAAAUUUCUUAGGAAGGCUUUCUCAUCCUCACCUUGUCAGGUUGAUAGGAUACUGUUGGGAGGAUAAGGAACUUCUUCUUGUUUAUGAAUUCAUGCAGAAGGGAAGCUUGGAGAACCAUUUAUUUGGAAGAGGUUCAGCUGUUCAGCCACUUCCAUGGGAUACACGGCUCAAGAUUGCCAUAGGAGCAGCUAGAGGCCUCUCUUUCUUGCACGCAUCAGAUAAGCAAGUGAUCUACCGAGAUUUUAAAGCCUCAAAUAUACUUAUUGAUGGGUCUUACACAGCAAAGUUAUCAGACUUUGGCUUGGCAAAGUUAGGCCCUUCAGCUAGUCAAUCACACGUGACAACAAGGGUGAUGGGAACAUAUGGUUAUGCAGCUCCUGAAUAUGUUGCAACAGGGCAUUUGUAUGUUAAAAGCGAUGUGUAUGGUUUUGGUGUUGUUCUGGUCGAGAUUUUGACGGGCUUAAGGGCACUUGACGCAAACCGUCCAAGUGGGAGACAUACUCUGGUGGAUUGGAUCAAGCCAUUUUUAUCUGAUAAAAGAAAGUUGAAAAGCAUCAUGGAUAUUCGGUUGGAGGGGAGAUAUCCUGCCAAAGCAGCUCUGCGAAUAGCACAGCUUGCUCUAAAUUGUCUUGAACAAGAACACAGGCACCGUCCGCAUAUGAGAGAAGUUGUGGCAACUUUAGAACGAAUAGAAGCAGCCAAGGAUAAACCAGUAGAGCCUAGAGCUCGUCCAAAACGUUCUGUGCCUCACCAGAACGUCCAGCAACCCUUGCAAUAUCGCUCUCCGCAUCAUCCAGUUCUGACAGAUGGAAGUCGAGGCCACCAAUACUCUCCACGCGUAAGGUAAAAAUAGCCAUUGCUAAUGAACAUGUCCUACAAAUUACGAUCAUUGUUUCUUCAUUAAAAAUUUUCAUUUGUUUGUUUAUGUAAUUCAUAAAAUCUAUAGCUAGUUUUGCUGUUGUAACGGGCUACUGAGCAUGAGCAUGAGCAUGUCAGCCAUGAAAAUGUAAUUAUUUUAGCAGAGAUGUGGAGUGGUGGUAAGAAGAAGCAUGUAAACAAUGUAAUCCUACUAUCUAGGAGGGGAGUUCAAUGCUGUCUGACCAUAAAAUCCCUUCUGUAGUCAGUUUUAAAUAGUCAGACAAAUCUCGGAUUCCAAUGU